AUGGUUGUGGUUGUCCCCGUCGGAGCUCCUGUGGAGCUUCCGCCUGAAGGAAACGAGUCCGUGCCGAGGGCUAUGGGUAAUGAUGAUGUUCCCUGGACCGGCGACUCUGAGGCUGCGCCGGUGGAUACUUCUUCUGCUUGUGUUCGGGACUCUUCUCGGGCUCGUGCCUCGUCUAUCGGGAAACGUUCCUGGACCGUUUGCUGGUUCUGGAUAACAAGUGCGUCACUACAGGAGAUGGUGAUGGUAAGAGGUGUGGUGUUAGACGGUGAGGAUGACGUUGAAGAGAAAGAUGGACCGGUUGGGUUUCCGCCUGCGUUUGCAUCUGGGUCUGAGCCUGGCACUCGGUCUGGAGCCGGCUUUGAUCCUCCACCUGCACCACGGGCAGUACCUGUGAUUUCGGUUUGA